CACCACUGAAUACUGACAGCACAUACGGCAAGAAAAUAUAUCAUAUGUAGUUUUUCAUUAUUUUGUACUGUAAGUUUAGCCAAAAUGGAACUCAAAUUAUUGGGCAGAUUACAAAAACUUGGGUAUAACGAGGAGUUAGUUGAACCAAAUAAAUUUAUGAUAGCCUUAAAACAAGGCCCAAAAUCCCCGGAAUUUACUAAACUUGUAGCAUGGUUGGCAAAUGAAAUUGCAGUACUUUAUGAUAUGGAUGAAACUGUUCAUGCAAUAAUGUCAUCGGAUGAUUCUAGUUCUUUCCUAUUAGAAUUAAGCUGUUUUCUCAAGGAAUUAGGAUGUGUGAAUGAACGAUUAAUGUCUGGUAAUGUCAAUAGCCGAUUGGCAACCGAGCAGGAUAGGUAUAUUUUAUUAGAUUUUCUGGGGGCAGAAUUAAAAACUUCCAGAUUAUUAGAAUUUCGAAAACAUAAAACUUCUAAUUCCAUGGAUAUCGACGUUGAAGAAAGUGAUACAGCUAAAGAUUUGAAAGAUAUGUUAAUAGCAUUAAAUUUUGGAAAACCACCAGAUGAUAUUACUGCAGAAAAAAUUUUUGCAAGAGUAGAAACUAAGUUGACAGAGAUAUUAAAACAGGUUCCACCUGAGCUUGUAGGUAAACCAAUAAUUACUAUUGAUUUCUCAGAAAGAGAAUGGAAAGAUCUUCAGCUUGUGCAGCAAGAGUUGCACGAUGAAUAUAGAAUGCGUCGUGAUAUGUUACUUAAGCGACUUGAUGUAACCAUACAAUCUUUUCUGUGGUCGGAUAGAAUGAAAUCUAAAGAGAAUGAAUUAAGUAAACAAUACGAAGGAACUAGGAAAUGUUUAAAUACAGAACCUGAUAUUACGUUUGCUGAUUUAUUAGCUGCAAGAGAUGAUAUUGCAUUAAUGGAGAAGACAAGCAAUGCAAGUGUUAGGAAAAAUACUCGUAGUGAAAUAAAUUCGGUUAUUAUUGGAGUGGUGCCGGAUAGAGGUGGAAGACCAUAUGAACAGGAACCACCACCACCUGAAAUGCCACCAUGGCAAAAAGAUAGAGUGCAAGGACCUUCGACUUCUGGUGGGGGUCGAGGAGGAGGAGGAGGUGGAGGCUACAGAGGGGGACGUGGAGGAGGCGGUCCUAAUAGCUCUUUUUCCAAUGAUAAUAGAGGAGAUCGGGGUGGUACUAAUUUUAGUGGAGGUGGUAGUGGUUUUGGAGACAGUGGGUCUCAGGGCUCUAACUAUUCUUCUAAUAGAGGAGGAUACAGAGGAGGUCAAGGGGGAGGAUACAGAGGUGGCCAAGGGGGAGGAUACAGAGGAGGACAGGGGGGAGGGUAUGGAGGUGGGCAAGGAGGAAACUAUAGUGGAGGACAAGGAGGAAACUAUGGAGGUGGACAAGGAGGAAACUAUGGAGGUGGACAAGGAGGAAACUAUGGAGGUGGACAAGGGGGAGGAUAUGGUGGUGGACAAGGAGGAAACUAUGGGGGAGAGCAAGGAGGAAACUAUAGAGGAGGACAAGGAGGAAAUAACACUUAUAGCAGAGAAAAUAGAGAUAGUGGAGAAUAUGGUCAUCGAUACUGUCAUCCAAGUAAUGCAGGCUCUGCUUCACAAUCUGACACUAAAGGUGGACAACAAUAUCAAGGAGGUAGUUCUAGUGGUAGAGAUAGGGGUGGCAGAGUUCAAGGAGGGUGGAAUCAAGGAAACAAUUCUAGCACAGAUAGCUAUCAACGCGGUGGAUAUAAUCGUGGCGGAGGCAAAAGAGGACGACAAUACUAAGAUAAUAUAUGUAAAAUAUUAUUCGUACAUUGUCAUGAGCGUUAUUCUGAGAAUAAGUUGC